UCUUCCCACGUAGUCUCUAUCCCUAACCCUCCAUCUAACCGUCAUGCUAACCUGUGAGUGGUGUGAUGUGGGAGUGUGUUUAGUAGUGAAUGCUGAUACCAGCAUGUUCGGAAGAGAGCAGAGAGAUGUCAUCUAUCCUUAUUCUUGCUCAUCCCUUCUCUUUGCAACUCUCUUCAUGAGCCAAUGCCCAGUCAAUGAAUGAAAUAAUGAGUGUGUGAGCAAGCGUAUGUUUAUCUCAGUCCCUCUAUCAGGGAUGCAAACUCGUCACUUUUUGACGAUAUUUGCUGUUUUGAUGUCAAAAUAGGUCAUCCACAUGAAUUGUGUAGAUCCGUAAAAAGAAAAUUGUGGUGGGGGCUCACAAAGUGCGCAGAUGCAGUGUAUCACCCAUUGAGCUAUAAAGGAGAGGCGCGAACAGAUCUUCUCCCUGUGUGAUUACCACCAGAGAUACUGGAUACAGUGACGGGAUGCUUGUGUCUCCUCCCUAAACAAUGGGAUUCGUUGUCCACAGAGCGGAACGGUGGGCUGUCAAGUUCCCGCCUGUUCCUCUCUUUGUAGAGAGGGCGAAUGCACGGGCUGCUGCGUAGUCACAAUGGGAACUCUUUCUAGAGUACCUGGUUAAAUUGUGCAUAACAGUAGGAUGUUAGGUGACGCGACAAACAAUGAACGCUAUGCGUUCUACAAAAAACAGCAGUAAUCAAAUCAAUUUAAACUAAAUGUCAAUAAUGCGAUCAUCAAAAUACAUAGUAAAUCGUUUGAGAACAUGAGCAUAAUAUGGAUAAUAUGUGUUACUACAUUACACAAGCUCACGUUUUGAACACAUCGAAUUGGGGGAAUUACACAUCCUUUUUACCUCAGAUUGAUGAUGUUAGUAUGAAAGUUUAUAGUAAUCGAUUUGUUGUAAAUGUUUCCUACCGCUUAUUUUGUGUGAUUUACAUUUAUAUAGUGGAAUCUUACAUGCCAUCUCACAUUGUGGUACAUAGUGUAUUAACAUUUUUGAGCCAUUUGCAUGGCCAGGAAAGUGCAAAAAUAUUUAAUUAAAACAACUCAAUCUAUUUGUGUUCGUGUGUUUGUAUGUGUGUGGGAGAGGGAAGAGACGCUGUAGGCUACUGACCUUGGAUUGACCUUAAUCCCCAAAUCACUGCCAGGUGUGUGUUUUGAAGAGAGUGGUGGGUUGUCUGUGUUUACAUUUGUAUCUGUUCCACUGGCUUUCAUGAUCUGUCUAGUUAAAUAAAGGCUAAAUAAAAUAAAUCUGCUUUAAUGUCUAUUUUAUCCAAUGAGGUGCUCAAUGUGCCCCACUAAACUAAUGCACUGCCAGGGAUAGUUGUCACUUUGGUUUGUGGGGAGAAGGAGAUGGCACAGGGACACGGCACCAGUGGUAGUAUGGAGGUAGAUGGUAUGGAGGUAGAUGGUAUGGAGGUAGAUGGUAUGGAGGGUAGGGGAAGUCAGGAUUUUGCUAGUUAGUUUGAUUUGUCUAUUGAAAGGCCAUGUAAGGUUAGUGUUGACUAAUGUCAUAAUGCUGGAGAUACACAGCUGGGCUCGGGUGAUUGUCCCAUGGUCAGAGUUUACAAAUCAGUGAAGGUACUGUAUCAGAUGUUGUUUUGGAGAAACUACCAGGUCCAAUGUUCUGUAAGUAGGCCUCCAUGGUUGUGGAGGCACAUGUUUCAUUGCAACAUGGUGGUGAAGAAGAUCUGGUUCGAGAGCCGCGCUACAGACCUCCAACUCAAUGUGAACCUUGGUGUGCUUCCCAUGUUGAAGGAGUACGUUAUGGUUUCCCAGGGCAGCCAAACCCUUGUCCACAAGCUGCAUGACAAGCAGCUUGAAGUGAUCACCACUUUCACGGCGUGCUUCCUCAGGGCUGAGCAUCUCCACACCACACCCAAGAAGCUCAUGGAGAUGGACUUCAUUGACAAGAUGCUGCCUUCCAGAGAUUUAAAUGUUGGACCUGUGUCUGAGAAAUUUAAGGCAGAAAAUCCAGGACACCCGAUUGUGCAGCAGUUUCUUGACACGGUGAAGACCGCAUACAUGUCAACUGCAGCCUACAUGCAGAAGAAACUGCCCCUGGACAGCAGGACCCUGCAAUCGCUCUCUGCUCAGGACCCAGUGGUGAGAGGCCAUUCACAGACUGGCAUCCUGCUGAAGCGGCUUGUGGGGAUGAUAUGCCACCCACAUUUGAUCUCCCACUGGAAGUAGUGAAGUUUAAUGUGGACUCCACCCUUCCCCCUUACAAGGAUGGUGAGGACAACAUGGUCAAGUGGUGGGGCCUGAACCAGAUUGUACUAGGGUCUCCCUCAAUCUUCCAUGGUCCUAUGGUGGAGUUUUCGUUUAAUGUGAUGGGAGAAAUCAUAGACCAGAAGAGCACCAACAUGAACAUGGCUACCUUCAAUGCAAUUCAGACCACCAAAUAUAUCCUCAGGUCCAGGAGUCUGACUGCCUUACAGAUGUUCCAGAAAGAUUACGUCAAGUUGAGCAAGGUUGACAAGGGACUCUAAGAACAUCCACACUAAAGGAAUGAAGGACAAAUCUUAGAGACAGGAGAACCUGAUGAAGAGGGAGGAGUAUGGUUGCCAGCCAACAUCCAGUGCCCUGCAGACCAGGAAGACUGCAGUGGAGGAGGAGAAGCAGGCCAGACUGAGGCACACAGCUAAAUGAAAAAGAGCACAAGAAGUGUUAGUCAAGACAAAAAGGAAGAAGGCUAAAAUGUGGACUGUAGGUGAGUGUAGGCUAGACAUGUGAGUGAUAACCUGUUUCUGUUAUGUAUUAUAUUGACUGUCUGGUGCUCUCCCACUGUCACUGUUCCUGUUCCACUGGCUGAGAGAGCAAAGGAAAACGUAGCCUAGGAGAAGGUGGCUGCUAAUGAGUGAGUGUAGGCUAAAUAUGUGAGUGAA